CUUUCACAGGUACUGAACUAUCAUCUGGUAAAUCGCAACAAUGACAGAUGAUGAAAGACCCAAAAAGCGUCGUAAUAGAUCAACAUUAGUUUGUAAUGUUUGUAAACAACGGAAGGUGAAAUGUGAUCGUAAAUUACCGUGUACCAGAUGUAUCAUAUACAAAACUCAAGAUAUUUGUUCCUACCAUGAAGACUUGCCUAGUGGUCAAGUGUUACCACCUCAAAAUACCGUGUCACCAGAGACACUACAACCACCGAAUGCAACAACCCCUGAUAUACAUCCAAAUUCUGUGAAUAACCAAAAUUUCCUAAGUAAAGGACCAUCGGCAAAGGUUUAUAUAAUCACCAGUGAAAUAUCUCAUAUAUUAAGCAAAUUUACCAAUGCAGAAUCAGUCAUAGGUAUAAACCCCAUAAGUUCACCUGAAGAAGAGUUUUCAUUCUUUGAUUACCUGUCAUUUUCACAAAGAUGGGAUAAACAACAACUAAACCAUGGACCAUUUACUUGGCAUGCUUUCUUAGAUAAAGACGUGGCUUUGGCUGAUUUAUGGACAUAUUUGUCUCUUAAAUCAAAUGAGUUGAGGAAUCUCAGUCGAGCUCAUUCGAGUUCUCCAGGACUGACACAACCUGAUGAACAACAAGUGGAGGAAGACAUUACUCAUGCUGAUCUAGGUGAUGUUUUGGCCAAAAUCCCAUUUCAAGUGUUGCAAAGGUUGAAUUUAAGUAGUUUUAAAUUUGAUGCAAAGAAGCAAAAGAUUAAUCUGUCUGCUAUCCCAUUAGGAAUGAAUUUUACCACCAAUCAAGAAUAUUUUAAUGAUAAUUCAAUAGAUUUAAAGGAAAAAAUACUCAAGAUAUUACCUUGUCGAGAAAUUAUUUGGAUUCAUAUUAAUAGGUUUUUCAAGUUUUUAUAUCCAUUUAUACCGCUUAUUGAUGAAGCUACUUUUAAAACAGAAAUCGAAAGGUUGCUUGAUGGUAGUGGUGAGCAUAUCACCAAAAUUAAUAUCAAAGAUAAUUUAGAUUAUGCCAAUAUUGGUAUGUUGUUGAUUAUUCUUAGAAUGAGUUUUCUUUCUUUGAUUUGCAAUAAUGAAGAGUUCAACAAUAUGGUGUUGCAAAGUGCAACUUGCCCAAAGGCAUACCAGUCACAGUUUAGUCCCGCUGAAUUACGAAAUUUGCAGUUACUUUUAAAGAAUUGUAUUGGGAUUGAGUUUAUUGAAUUGGCCCGCAAUUGUAUUACCAAGUUUCAAUUAUUUCAAAAGUCAAAUUUGGUUAUAUUACAGUUUACUUUGUUGAUGAGGUUGUAUUUCUAUUUUUCACCCGAAGAUGCUGAAGGACCUGAUCGGAAUCAAUUUCAGAUUUAUAAUGGUACAUUGAUUCAGAUGGGGUAUACUAUUGGAUUAAACAGAGAUCCCGACAAAUUAGGAAAGUUUGACAAGAGAACAAGUAACAUUCGACGUAAAGUUUGGCAUUUUUUAGUAUACUUGGAUCUUUUCCAAGCUGCAUCAUAUGGAAGUCCAAUAAGUACAAACCCCCAAUACUCAGAUACAAAGUUUCCAUAUUAUGAAGAAGGAAACCACAACGUUUCUUUCGAACAUUUUGAUAAAUUUUUGCAAGCCACGUAUGAAAAUGUUAAAGAUUUACCAACUCAUUUGAGAAGUAUAUUGAUGUUGGUAUUGGAUGUCAACUCAAAGUUGAAAAUGGGUGAUUUAACUGAUAAGUUGAGUGCGUUGGAAAUAUAUGUGGCUAAGAAUUUGGGUAGUAGUUUAAAGGUAUUUGCAGAUGCUAUCAAUCAAGUCCAAGAAAGUGAAUCGGAUAUGCUUGCCCGGGUAUUUUACAUUCCAUACUUUCUUCAAACAAAGACUUUCUUAACAGCGACAUAUUUCCAUAUGUUUAUUCACUUUGAAGAUACCAAUCUUGAUUUGUCAUAUUUCUACCUUAAGAAAAUCAUUUGUGUUAUGGUUGAAGAUUUCUUACCUCAAAUCUUUAGAUUAUUGGAUCAUCAACAUUACUUCUUCUGUCAUUCAACCAAUUUUUUUAUUAAUCCACCUAUUGAGUGCUGUUUGCAUAAUUCAAAUGGAUUUUUAUUUGCUAUUAUUAUCAGAAUAGAAUAUACUAUUCGAAUGAUGAAACAGCAAGAAUUAAACGAAGAUACAAAGAGGUAUAUUAGUCUGUGUGAAACUUUAAUUUACUGGCUCACGAAAUGUACAAAGAUAUCCACUGUGGGUAUUUCAAAGUUAGGUAAACGCUACUUGUAUGCCUGGAGAAUUAGUAAAUCUCACACAUUUAUCUUGAAGAGUUUAUCAUCAGAAGAUUAUUUUAAAAAGUUGAAUGAUCCAGUGGAAUGUGCCGAGUUUGCCGCUGCCAAUCCUAAAUUAACCAAGUUUAAUUUGAAACUUUGGCAGAUUAACGAAUUGAGUGAAUUGGUAGAAAAAACCAUGAUGAGUUUAAAUAAAUCACAAUUGAUUAACGAAUGGAUUGAAUUGUUUGGUCCAAUCUCAGAAAAUAAACCCAAGCCAAUGACUCCUCACCAGCCGGCAGAUCCAUGUAUUCCGAUCGUUACUGAUCCAUUUAUUGGGAAUUUAGAUAAUUUGUUUAAUCAAGUUACAUCAAGAAUUGACCCCGGUGUUUUUGACACCACUGGAUUGAAUUCACAGUCUAAUGUCAUUACCAGUACCAUGGAGAAUUAUUUGGCUUUGGAUAAUCCGUAUUUUGAUAUUUUUAAUGAUAUGUCUUUGGACCAAUUGAUCAAGAGUUUUGAUCAAUAAUUAUAUCGUUUAGUGUAUAGUAAUGAAGACGUCUUUAUAACUUUUUA